AGGUGAAGCGGGAGUUUCACCAGGAGUUUCAGGCCAGGCUUGGCUCAACACCCACCUCACACCAAAGUUUAACAAACCUGGCACUUAGUGCUUAAGUAAAUGGCAUCAUCGUUCCCGAUUCCGAAAACAUUAGACGACUGCAGGAUAGUAGGAGCAGUGGCCACCGGGGCUGUAGGGCUCGAACCUGGGUCUUCCCCAGUGCAAAAGGAAAUUUGCCGCCCUCGACCCGCUGGCGCCUCCCCCGCCGCGAGCACGUGGGUGGGCUCUGAGCCUCACCCCGGCCUCUCGUCCCCAGGCCAGCGCACGAGCGUCAAGCCAGGGUGCUGAGUUUGGAGACCGCUCCGAGAGCUCAGCGUGCAGUAGGGGGACCCUCCGCCCUGUCGGCGUUUCCGUCUCUUAGCCCCGCUGGGUAAAUUCCGCCUUGUCACUUUAAGGAGUCUCUAGCCAUGGUGCAGUGGAAAGCCGAUGCAGUCCUCUGAUUGGGCGGGGCGCCGCUGAUGUCACCCGGGGUAUAAAAGGGCUCGAGUGGCUGGCGCCCAGGCAGAGCGUCCCAGCAGUCAGCACUGGGAGAAUUGGCGCUUCUUUCGUAGAGCAUCUGCUGCUACCUGCUCCGCGGUGCCCAGAGUCCCCGCCACCCUCACCGUCUGGCUGCCAUGGAGGUGCAGAAAGAGGCGCAGCGUAUCAUGACGCUGUCGGUGUGGAAGAUGUACCACUCGCGCAUGCAGCGCGGAGGCCUGCGUCUGCACAGGAGUCUGCAGCUGUCGCUGGUCAUGCGCAGCGCCCGCGAGCUCUACCUCUCGGCCAAGGUGGAGGCCCUCGAUCUCGAGACACCCUCGACACCCACCCGCUGCCCAGACCCGCGGCUGCACCCGCCGCGGGAAGCGGAAGUACCCGCCGCGUGUGUGCCCCCAGACGGGGAGCCGCUGUCGCCGGAGCCCAUGGACACGCAGGAGGAUGAGGAGGAGGCGUCCCCCAGAGCCGCCGAGACUCUGGCCCGCUGCUCCGCGCACCCCGCCAGGGUCGGCCGGAAGCGACGCAGCAGUAGCCUGAGCAACGGUGUGGACGCUGGACUAGUCCCUAGCAAGAAGGCCCGCUUAGAGGAGAAGGAGGAGGCGGAGGAUGCGUCGUCGGAGGUCCCCGAUCGCCUGCUGCCCCCGCCUGCGCAGGCAGAAGGCGCCUUUCCCAACCUGGCGCGAGUCCUGCAGCGGAGCUUCUCAGGGCUCCUGAAUCGCGGCCCCACCGCGCCACCGACGGCGCCGCCGGCGCGCGACGCCAAACCGGUCUGUCGCCCGGCGGACCCGGUGCUGAGCGUGCUCGUGCGUGCCGUGGUAGCCUUCUGAGAACCGAGCCCGCUGCCGGAGCCAGAGCGCGCGCCGAGUCGGUCCAAGCGCACAAUCCGAAGGGUCAUGCUCUCCCCGGGGCGCUUAAGCCGUCUGGAGCCUAGGAGGAAUGUGGCCGCCGCCCAGGCUGCGAGGGCCGCAGAGGGACCCUGCCGGGGAUCGUCGCCAUCCGAGCCAUGGCGGCCCACGAGCCGGGGGCGCGGGUGCCUUCCGCAAGCCCCACGGCGCCAACAGGUGCUGAUUUUUAGACUGGGACCUGGGCCUCGGCUUCUCCUGAGCUGGGAGAGGGCAGGCUUGGUCUACCAAUCUCAGGGUCGGACUUGAUUUUUUUUUUUUAGUUUUUUUAUCAAGCGCUGGACCGACCUUUCAAGACUUUCCAGUGUUUGCCCUUCCAGGCUCAGAAUUCCAGGGGCUCCUCUGCCCCUCCGGUGACAUACUUGUGGAGGCGGUCACCGUUGCGUCAUGGGGCAGGCGAGGGGAGCUUCCUGUCGCCUGGCGUGGGUGUGGGGCCUGGGAGGAGGCUCUGGGGCGUAGACCGCCCUGGGGAGUGGGAGGAGUUCGUCCUGAGUCAGAGCCCAGCCCGUUUCAGAUUCAUUGUUUUUUUAAUUUUAAAUUUCCUCAUCUGGUUGUGUUAAGAGGUGGCGCGUGGUUCCCUGCCCAGAGCGUGACCUCCCACGGACACGCAGCACAGAUGGACCUCGGAGAUGGCGAGGGGGCGCCCUUGGUGGGCCGGGAUGGAGGGAUUCUCAGUUGGACGGUGGAAGCCUGUUUACCUUGCCGUCUACUUGGCUGUCGUUGGAAAAGUCAGCCAGGACAAUAAAAACUUGCAGUUGAAA